GAAAAUGAGCACUGCCAUUGAAAUGAACAACCACGAAUUGGAGGAUAGCUCUAACAAUUGGAGCAAAAAAUCAGCUGCCGUGAAUCUUCAAGACGCCCGAAUAUCCAAACUGGUCCGACAUAUUCAGUCGUUGUUCGUAGAAAAAGACAUUUUAAGUACCGACCAACGGGUAUCAAGUUUAAACGAAAUCAAAACAUACUUGAAUAAUGUUUCCUCUAAUUCGCUCUCAGUGGGAGCUCCAGUAAUUACAAACUUCCUCAAAAAUUGGAUCAAACACUUUCAUAAAGUUGAUCGAAAUCCUAAUUUACGAGGAAAACGAGGUGAGUUGGAAAUCUUGGUGCUUAUCAUUCAAAACUUUCCGUCUUUUAUUCCCUCACAUAGGAAUAAUUUAUUGAAAAUAUUUCUAUGCGAGUUGUCUUUCCUGUCUGAUUUAAAACUGGCCAAUUACCGAAGCUUCUUAAUUGAGUUAUUUGCCCAAACUGCAGUGGCCGGAAAAUGGUCCUCGCAAGCCAGCGAUACGUUCAAAUUGCACUAUCAGUGUACAAUUGAAAUGCUGAUUAACUCAAUUUAUUUCUUGGCCUAUAAGUACGAGUUUUACAAUAAAUCAGAAGAAUUUGCCGAAAGUUUGAGCGCAAACGGAGAGCCAAAGUUUAUUGAAACGAAACAACAGCUUUUGAAAUUGAGUGAAUGUUGUCCAAAAAGUUUUGUUUUGGUUCUGAUGCGGAUAUUGAAACGUUUAAUCUCCAUUGAGAUAGUCCACGUAGCAAAUUUUCCAGUCAAGUCUUUCGUUAACCUGUGUGUAAAAAUCUUACAAGACGUAAAAUCGAAUGUGUUUGAAGCUGAGAAAUUAUCCGAGUUUCUGCUAAGUUUGAAAAUUGAGUGCAUGGAUUUGAUCAAGUUGGUGUGCUGCAGAUUUGGGUCUGUUUGUGUUGUUUUUAUCCAUCCAAUCAUGAGCUGUUUGAUGUGCUAUUUGAAGAAGAGUGCUGGAGUACUGAGUCGAAUGGACGAAAACUGUUUGGCAGAAAAUUCAGCCAAAUGCUACUCGAAGGUUUUCGAACUGGCUGAAUGUGUCAUUACUAACAUGACUAAGUAUGGAUUUGACUGCGACGAACUCGGAAAAGUGUUGGUUUCAAUUACAUCAUCAUUGCACAGAUUUGCAACUCACGAGAAGCAAACAAGUUCGGCUCUGGAAGACCCUGUGAAGGAAAGUGCAACGCAGAGCUCGGCAAAGAAAACCAGUCGAAAGAGAAAACGUGAUAGACAUGUGAAAAGUGAGCAAACUGGAAAAGAUUGUCCCGAGUCAAAAAUAAAUACUACCAACAAAACGCUAGAAAUUAAGUUCAUAAUUUCGGUCUGUGAAUUCUCGGCGUGCUUGUUCAAAAAUUGUUCGCAUUUGUUUUCAAGCGAAGUUAUUCAUAAGUCUAUGUUGAAUAUUGUUUCCCUUUCGAUCACAAUUUUUUCCUCUUUCGGCAACGAGUUUACGGUUUCAACUGCAGAAUACCCGAAUGUUAAGUUGUUCAAAAAGGAGGAUGUAUCACUUGCUAUGUUGACAGUCAUUGAAGGUUUGAUCUGUCGGCCGAAUCCGAAGUGUUCUCCACCUGUAGCGAUUCUGGCAGAGGUCGUUAAAUUGGCAGCAAACAAUGAACGAAAAACAUUAUCUUGUAAAGCGAAAAAUAUUCAAGUUCUGAUUGAAAUCGUGACCAAACCUAAUUUGACGCAAGUGUUUUCUUCUAUUGAAAUGCAGUACGAGCCCAAAACAGAAUUUGAAAACCAAUUGGUUCAAACAGAAAAUCAAGUUAAAUUGGUCAGUGUGUAUGUGCAAACGAAUCAACUAGCCGAAAAUGCAACAGGUGAAUUCAAAGCCGAAAAGUACAAUCCACCAGUGAAGAGGAAAAGUAGAAACUGUUUUGUCCAAACUGACGAGAAAAUGUUUGCGAAACUUAAAAAAGUUGGAAAUAAAUCUGACGUUGUGAAGCGCAAAACUGGAGCAUCGGUUAAAUUACAAGGCGAAGAUGAGAAUAACUUUGUUGAAAUUUGCGAGCAGUUUGUUCCUGAUAUAAUAUGAAAUAUAAAUAUCAGAUAA